CUUUUUGGGGACACUUUUCUUGGCAGGAGGAGACUUGUUUACAGGGCUCCAAAUGUCACGGCGCGCAGAAGCAGGACUCCCAUUCCGAGGGGAGCUUUCCAACGGAGCGCGUCUACGGGCUUCUCCCUGCACUCACGCGUGUGUAGGAAGGGAGGAGCGGGAAGCAGCUUUCUCUAUGCCCCCCCUCCUUCCCCACGACAUUACGGGAACCGGCUUCUUUGCUAAUGGAGACACGCCUUAAGGAAGCAGCGGCGGCGGCGCGAAGGAGCGACCCAGGCGGUAGGAGAUCCUCUUUGGGAAAGCGGCACCGGCGUGGCUGAGCUGGCCGAUUGGAUCAUCGGAGGAACAAGAUCUCGGCUAGGAAACUAAUUAAAAAAUGGCAUUUCGAAAGGCGGUAAAAGGAACUAUCCUUGUUGGAGGAGGUGCUAUAGCGACUGUUUGGGGCCUCUCACAACUUUCUCAGUAUAGAAGAAAGCACGGUCACCUUGCCUCUGUUGAAGCUUCCGAAUGUAAGCCCUUACCCAUGCUAAACUCCCUCCCUACCAGAGAGAGUCAGCUCCAGGCCCUGCGAGAAACCGGCGAAUUUGACGUUCUUAUCAUAGGUGGAGGUGCGACAGGAAGUGGUUGUGCCUUAGAUGCUGUUACCAGAGGCCUAAAAACAGCCCUUGUAGAAAGAGAUGAUUUCUCAUCGGGGACCAGCAGCAGAAGCACUAAAUUGAUCCAUGGCGGAGUGAGAUAUCUUCAGAAGGCCAUCAUGAAGUUGGAUUUUGACCAGUACAGAAUGGUGAAAGAAGCCCUCCGUGAACGUGCCAACUUGCUUGAAAUUGCUCCUCAUUUAUCCGCUCCUCUGCCUAUAAUGCUUCCUGUUUACAAGUGGUGGCAGCUGCCAUACUACUGGGUGGGAAUUAAAAUGUAUGACCUCGUAGCAGGAAGCCAGUGUCUGAAAAGCAGCUACGUGCUUAGCAAAUCAAAAGCCCUGGAACUUUUUCCUAUGUUGCGGAAGGACAGACUCGUAGGUGCCAUUGUCUAUUAUGACGGACAGCACAACGACGCACGAAUGAACCUUGCUAUUGCCCUCACUGCUGCCAGGUACGGGGCUGCCACAGCCAAUUACACUGAAGUGGUGCGCUUGCUGAAGAAGACGGAUCCAAAUAGCGGGAAGAGCCGUGUCUGCGGAGCGAGGUGCAGGGAUGUUCUAACAGGGCAGGAAUUUGAUGUCAAAGCCAAAUGUGUUAUCAAUGCUACAGGACCUUUCACAGACUCUCUGCGGAAAAUGGAUGAGCAGGAAGUACCAAACAUCUGUCAGCCAAGCGCAGGCGUUCAUAUUGUGAUGCCUGGCUAUUACAGCCCUGAUAAUAUGGGACUCCUUGACCCAUCCACCAGUGAUGGAAGAGUGAUUUUCUUCUUGCCGUGGCAAAAGAUGACUAUUGCUGGUACCACUGAUACUGCAACGGAAGUCACCCAUCACCCAAUUCCUACAGAAGAAGAUAUUAACUUCAUUUUGACAGAAGUGCGCAACUACCUUAGCUGUGAUGUUGAAGUGAGGAGAGGGGAUGUUCUGGCAGCAUGGAGUGGGAUCCGUCCCCUAGUGACAGAUCCCAAUUCUAAAGACACACAGUCCAUAUCUCGGAACCACGUGGUGCAUGUUAGUGGCGCUGGCCUUGUGACCAUAGCAGGUGGAAAAUGGACAACUUACCGCUCAAUGGCAGAGGAUACCAUUGACGCUGCUGUACAAGCUCAUGGCCUUCAUGCAGGUCCCUGUAAGACCGUAGGACUUGUCCUACAGGGUGCAGAGGGUUGGAGCCCUACCCUAUAUAUUCGACUGGUUCAAGAUUAUGGACUUGAAAAUGAGGUGGCUCAACAUCUUGCGAAUACUUUUGGGGACAAGGCUUUUGAAGUGGCAAAGUUAGCCCAAGUGACUGGGAAGAGGUGGCCUAUUGUUGGAAAACGCCUUGUGUCGGAGUUCCCUUACAUUGAGUCUGAGAUUGAAUAUGCAAUCCAAGAAUAUGCCUGCACUGCAGUGGACAUGAUUGCCCGUCGCACACGGCUGGCCUUCCUGAAUGUGCAAGCUGCGGACGAAGCCUUACCAAAGAUCAUUGAGAUAAUGGGGAAGAAGCUGAAAUGGAGUGAACAGAAGAAGAAGGAGGAGCUGGCGGAGGCAAAGAAGUUCCUGUACUAUGAAAUGGGCUACAAGGCACGGUCAGAGCAACUCACAGAUCAUAGUGAAAUCACAUUGUCCCCUGCAGAUAUCGAGAGAUAUAAAAAGAGAUUCUACAUGUUUGAUAAAGAAGGCAAAGGUUUUAUUACCAUAUUGGACGUGCAGUGCGUGUUAGAGAGCAUCAACCUUCAAAUUAAUGAAAGUGCACUCCAUGAGAUUUUGAAUGAAGUGGAUUUGAACAAAAACGGGCAGGUUGAACUCAAUGAGUUUCUGCAGCUCAUGACUGCAAUCCAGAAAGGAUAUAUUUCGGGAAGCCGGCUAGCUGUUCUUAUGAAAUCUGCUGAAGAGAACAUUCAUCAUCGUGAAGUGAUUUCAGUAGAUCGGAGCUGUGGUGGACUGUGAGUUUUGGGAGCUUACAGCUGCCCAAUGGCAUCCCGUGCAGCGGCCUCUCUCUGCUGAAAAGCAUUCCAGUGCUUGUGGAUGUGUCUCCUUCCUCUACACAACCUCUCUCGCUGUGAGCUACUGUACAGAAAAACUGUCUUUGUUGCAGUUCUUUCUCUCCCCCUCCCCCCUAAGUUUGCUGCAAAAGUUCUGCUGCUCUGACUUGUAGCUUCCUGAACUGGGUAUAUGUUUCUGCUUUCUCCAGAAUAACUGGUGGACAAACAUAUUUGAAGUAAGGAAGACAUUUAAGGAACUAUGACCCUGAUAUCUUUCAAGGGGCUGAUUCAAGGGGAUCUGCACUAUAACUUGGCUGUACUCUGGAGCCGUGGUAGGGGAUCCAGGUGUUAACCAAGCAUGAAUGUGGGUGCAGUUCCACCCUGCCAUCUGUCUGCCUAGGAGCAAGAAUUAAUCCUUUUCUACAUCAAGGUCCCCACCCUUCCUCUUGCAUCUUGCUGCAUCGAAUGGGCAAAAGUGAAAGGUGCAAGCAUGCCUUUGGUGUCUUACAUGUGGGAUUAUUCAUUAAAUCUCUGGAUUCCUUUUUCAUUUUUGGAGAAAUGUGUUAUGCUAAAUGUCAUCUUUUGUUCAGGGCUAACAAUAUUUUUAAAAAUUGUUUCAAGGCUAUUAAAACAUGCAUGCCCUUAAAAAAAAAGGUGAUUUGUUAUUGGGGAAAAUAAUAGGUUUUUUCCCCCCUUUUUGGAGAAGUGCGUAUUGUGCUAAAUGUUCAUCUUUUGCCUAGAACUUCAGGGCUAAUGGGGGAGAUAACUAUUGCAAGGCUAUUAAAACAUGCAUGCCCUAAAAGAAAAAGGGAAAAAAGUAUUUUUUGUAGCAUAUUACCCAAAAUACAAGUGAAUGUCCUGUGCCAAGGAAUCGCACUGCUACUUAGUUGUGUUUGCAUAAGAGAACAUACUGGGCCCAGUUCAUCUAAAAUUAAGUCUCGUUGGAACUUAUGUGGUUUAAGUAGCUAUGUCCUGUACAGCAGCGAUGGUUUACACAUGGAUUUCUGUAAAGCACACCAAGUCAGCAUAAGAUUAGAAGCACGUCACAAGGAUAGUUUUAAAGAAACAGGUGCUUGUUAUCCUAACAUGGAAAAACUUUAAAAAUAUGGGUGGAAUUUCUCUCUCCCUUCCCUUUUAGCCAAAUGCUCCAUAUAGCAAGUGGUGAGUAAUGCAUGUAGGUGUUUUUCCCUUUUCCUGUGAAAUUUUGGUAGAAGUUCUAACAAAUGUUUCUGAAUUGACUGAUGGUUCGUUUCUGCUGGAUACAUAAAACAAAGCACAAUUGGAAACUAUUCUAUGAUCGCAACAUAUUUAACCGGAGAAACAUUGAGCUGGACUUCAUUAAAUUAUUAUUUAAAUUGCCUGUCCUAUUUUGACCGUUUUCUCAAACAUGGGCUUUUACUUUUUACCUCACCUCCUCAUCCCCCAUUAAGCUAGGUAAUGUCACUAAAAUAGUGGAAAGUUGGAAAAUGAACUGAUGGCAUGAAGCAAAAGGAAGAGUUAUUAGGCUACUGAUGAAAAGGAAAAGAGACAUUAGGUUACGUUUUCUUGACAGCUUUUUACCUUCUGAAGGGUGUUUACCAUGUUCCAAGUGUGUGUUCAAGGGGAUAUUCCUAUAAGUCAUACAAUAGGUAAAAUCUUUUAUAACAUUAUUAUUUUCAUCCCUUGAAUGAUAUGAAAUAGAGCAUUCCUCAGAACAAAAUAUUGGAACUGACCCUUAAUAGUAUCUUGGUAGAAAAGUGUGCACAAGGUCUACAUGCAACUUUAGCACAUAUUCCUAGACCCUUCUAACAGACCAUUAUAUUUCAAUAUUCUUCAAAAGAAUUUAUUUUCCCUGUCAAAAUACCCUAUAUACAAAUGUUGAAAGUGCUGAGGUCUUCUACUACUACAGAUAGCUGCAGGUGUAUAAAACUUACCCAGUAACUAACUUCAGAGGCAUGCAUAUGCAUUGUGUAUAUAGAAGUUUAGGCUUUUAAAUUAUUUGAAUUUAUUCUUAGGCCACCUUUAAGGGUGAACCCCGCUCUUUGAGUUGAAUGUAAGGAGCAGUGUCCUGGUAACAGGUAUAAUAAAAGGAGGCCUUGUUCUAGAAGGUCUCUGGCCAAAUCCUGUGCAGACAUUUCCCCCUUGUCAGCUUUUCCUAUGAUCAAGAUACCUCAGACUUCCAACCUACCUUUUUUAGGUUAGCAGUGAAGGUGCCAGAGGAGAAACGGAUUCCUCCUUUUAGGCCCUGAGCACUUCAGAUUGACUUGAGGAACAGGAUUAAGGCUUUGUGCAUAUGUGAUAAUUUUGAGGUUUCUCCUUGAGCGCUAAGGAUUGUUUUGUGCAGUUGAUCCUAUGGGCUGCUUCUCUUCCAUGCUGCCAACACAUAUUGGACUGUUUUUACGUAACAGUUUUCUUCUCCUUGUGUUAACUUAACUUCGCUUGGAGCAGAAAAAUCAACUAAAAUGGGAGUAAUCAAAAACGCAUUUGUGAAGUGUGGAGAAAAGAAUGCUCGCUGUAUUUGUACCCUAAAAGGGUGUGAGGGUGCCAGUGUUUAUAUAUACCUUUGAAUCAAAAUGGCAUUUUGAAAUUACCUUUCAACCCUUUAGGCAAAAGCAAAUGCCUGUGAUCAAGGGAUAAGUGUGUGUGUGUGUGUGUGUGUCCCUCAUCCACAUGUGCUGUAGGGUUUUAGCAAACUGUUUCUCUGCCACCGGAGUUUAGCCAAGCUGGGGGUGGUUAAGCGCGUAAGAAAAACAACGUUAUGUGCAUAGUCCUUAAGGACAAGAUCUAAUACACCUUUUCAAAUAGGUUCCCUCUCUAUGAUAACACAAGAUUUUCAGUAAUGUCUAGUUAUGCCUCUCACUAUCAGAGCUCUAUUCUUGCUGUUUUUCAUCUUUUGCUACCAAUGCAGUCAUAUGAUGGACUUGAAUGCAUGUUUUGUUCAUUUUAUUUGAUGGUUUAUAUGCAUUUUUAGUUUGAUCUCUGAAUUUUAAUCCAACUUUCUUUGGCUUUUCUUUUCUUACAAAAGUGUGCAUCUCUGCUUUGUAUGGGAUGCGAAAGACAUCACAUGCCUUAUCUUCCACUAGCUUGGUUUAGUAAAAUUAAAGAAUUUUAAUCCAUUAUUCAAAGCUCAGAAUUACGUAAUUACAUGAUAUUCUAUAUAUGAUUGUUAUAUGAAUGUACAGUAAAUAUAAAGUACUUGUGGAACCGUUGUGCACUGUGUUAAUGAUAUGUAAUGCUAUUGUACUACUGUGUUUGAAAAAGAAAGGAAAGGAAUGUAACAGCAAAGAGCCUGGUGUUGGUGAUGUGUUUGAGUGUGUGUGUGAAUAUGCACACAUAUAUGCAUACAUAUACAUAUAUACAUGCCGCAUGUUUUUCCAUCUGGCACUUUUAUGUAUUGUGUUGGGUUAUUGUUCUGGAUUGGACUGUUAAAUACUGUGUUUGAGGCUGGGUUGUCAUUUUUAUAACUGUCUCGGUGUUUUAUUGCCAUUAUUUAUUACUUUUGAUAUACAGAAUGAGCUGCAUGCAUUUAUAGAGCAAUAAGAGGAUGUAUUUAAUGUGCCUUGUUUUUAACGGAAUAAGAACUGAAAGCAUGAAUCAAUAAAACUGAUUAAAAUGGUC